AUGUCUUUGAGAUUGGAUGCUCGUCACAUCCAAAAUUUGAGCGCUGCGACGACUCUAGAGCCUCAUUGGGGUUAUGCAGAACGUGCUGUUCCCUGCACUAACGAUGCGGGCUCUUGCGCGUAUCUCGAUGCUGUCUACUCGGCUCAUGAUCUGGGAAUGCUGUAUACUGGAAUAAUUUGGUCGACCAUCGGUGGUAUCUUGUUGAUAUGGGCGUUUCUAAGACAUUUCGGUCACCCAACGACAUCACCAGCGCCAACAUUGCCUCAUUUUUCAGGUACAGAGAGAUGCCAUCGUGCGUUUGCAGCGUUCAUUCGUCAAUAUUGUCUUCCAGACGCGCCGCGUACAAUCUUCGGCCGCACGACGCGGUUACAAGUCCUUGUUUUGGCUGCUCUGGCCGGCUAUCUGCUCAUUUUCAGUUUUGUUGGCAUCGUCUAUAACACCUGGGUCACACCCGUGUCCGGGAUGGAAGGCGUGCACAACACCCGCUCUAGUAUCGGACCAUGGUCGGAUCGGGUCGGUGUCCUUGCGUAUGCGCUUCUUCCACUCUCCAUAAUGCUGAGCAGCCGGGAGUCCUUUCUCUCCAUGAUCACCGGCCUGCCGUAUCAAAGCUUCAACUUUCUGCAUCGCUGGUUGGGGUAUAUCAUCUUUGUGCAGAGCUCCAUGCACACGAUCAUGUGGUGCAUUGUCGAGUUGAAACUGUACCAGCCACAGCCAUCUGUGGGGAUUGAAUUCAUAACACAACCCUACAUUGUCUGGGGUAUCGUCGCUAUGAUCCUGCUGAUUUUGCUGUUCGCUCUAAGUACACCCUGGGGUAUUCGCAUGACCGGCUAUGAGACGUUCCGCAAAGCCCAUUAUGUCCUUGCUAUGGUCUUCAUUGGGGCCUGCUGGGGUCAUUGGGAACAGUUGAAGUGUUUCCUCUUGCCAUCUUUGAUCUUCUGGUUCCUCGACCGGGGUGCCCGACUCCUUCGGACUGCCCUCUUGCAUUACAAACCGGACGAGUCAGGCAUUUUGGGAUUCAUAACCGUCGACGCGACCAUCACGCGGUAUCCCGAUGAGGCGAACAGCGACAUCAUCCGGCUUGACAUGGAUAAUGUCCAAGAACCAUGGGCUAUCGGUCAACAUUACUAUCUUUGUUUCACUCAAGGAAGCAUUUGGCAAUCACACCCCUUCACCCCUCUUAAUGCCCCGAUGGUAGUGAAGGGCAAAGUGAGACAUUCAUACAUUCUCCGGGCCAAGAAAGGCGAAACGAAGAAGAUGAUCGACCUUGCUGCCACGGGUGUCUCAAACACUCCGAUUAUCAUGACUGGGGCAUAUGGUGAGAAAAUCACCGAGUCAUUGAGACCGGACACCAACAUUAUCUGCAUCGCCGGUGGUACCGGCAUUACCUAUGUCCUUCCAGUGCUGCUCGAGCUGGCUCAGCAAUCACCAUCGCCAGACCGGAAGAUGGAGCUUAUCUGGGCAAUCCGGCACACGUCCAACAAGGAGUGGAUUAGUGAAGAACUUGGUGUCUUGCAGAGGGCUCAAAAGGCCCUAAAUCUGAAGAUUAGAAUCUUCGCGACGAGAGAUUCCAGCGAGGAUACUCCUGAUAAGAUGAAAGAUACUGUCAAUAUCUCAGUCUUCGAUGAAAAAGAUGCUGGUCAAAAUUCGCCAGUCUCUGUUCCCGAGUCUCAGUCAAGUGGCUGUGAGAAUGAAGCACCCGUUGAGAGGCUCGGUGGUGAAUCAGAGAAAGACAAUUGCCAUCCCGAUCUGCACAAAUUGAUUCCUGACUUCCUGGACGAAGUUGUGCGGGGACCUACGACUGUAUUUGUUAGUGGACCUGGCGGUAUGAUCAGUGAUGUGCGGGAAAUCGUCGCUUCAUGUAAUUCUGGACCUAAGGUGUGGAGUGGACAGGACAGAUUCGACGUUCGUCUCGUAUGUGACGAUCGCCUGGAAUGGUAG